UAAAUAUAUUUAGCAGAAAUUAUUGUAUUAUGACCAAAUUGAAAAUUGUUAACAAACAGACUACAAAAUGUUAUCAUCACAACAAUCUCGGAAACGGCUGGAACAUAGAAAACUUGUUGUUUAUGUGUAUAGGUAGAUUUGUGGUUAGUUUCAUAUCAGUGCACUGAUCGUGAGUCAAUCUGUCGUUCGCUAAGACGGUGGCAAACCGUGUUUGGAUUAUUAGUAAUUGUUUCAAUUUCAUCAUGAGAUAUAACGAACUCGGUAAAACAGGAAUUAAAGUAUCCCACGUAAGUUUGGGAGGCGCUGCGUUUAGUAAUUUUUACGGAGCGUUUGAUGAAGAAAAGGGUCUGGAAUUAAUAAGAGAAACCCUCAAAUGUGGUGUUAAUUACAUCGAGACCGGCCCCUGGUAUGGAUCGGGCACUUCUGAGCGAACUAUUGGAAAGGCGUUGGUGGGAGUGCCAAGGGAAUCAUACUUUAUUGGAAGCAAAGUGGGGAGGUAUGAGCAGGCCACGGAGAGAAUGUUCGAUUUCUCCGCGGAGAAGACUGAAGCAGGAGUGGAUAGCACCUUGAAACUACUUGGUUUGGACUAUGUGGAUCUGAUACAGGUACAUGACUGCACAUUUGCACCAGAUAUCUCCAUCGUGUUGAAGGAAACCCUCCCAGUGCUUGAGAGGGCGGUGAGGGACGGCAAGGCCCGGUACAUAGGCCUCGCUGACUACGACAUAGACCUCAUGAAGGAGGUCAUAGAAGAAUCAGAUGUGAAGAUAUCCUCCAUAUUGUCUUACGCAAAGUCCACGCUGAACGACAACCGCUUGCAAAACUAUACCAAAUACUUUAAGAGCAAGGGUGUCGGUGUAAUUAACGCAGCCGCUACGGGGAUGGGUCUGCUGUCGAACCACGGCCCGCAAAGAUGGCACCCCGCUAGCGAUGACAUCAAAGCCAUUUGCAAGAGGGCCUCGGACUAUUGCAAGGAGAACAACGUGGAGUUAGCUCGCCUGGCGACCUGGUUCACGCUUAAUCAACCUGACAUUGACACAAAUAUAUGUGGUUUCUACAAUAUUGAGCAGCUAAGGGACACAGUCGAUGUCCUCGAUAAUGGCUUGACUGAACAUGAACAACGCGUACUACACGACGUCCAAUUACGGUUCUUCGAUAAUGGCACUCUUCAUUGGGACAACGUCGAGCUACCAGUUUACAAAGCUAAGUUGAAUGCAAUUCAGAAUAGGUAAACUUAAUACUGCUUGCAUUUUGAUGGUCGGAACUAUCAUUAAGAUUAUAUCUUGUGGCCAAUAAAAAUGUAAUAUGAUUAAAAAAUAACAAUAAAUAUUAUUUGUAUGUAA